UGCUGAGGAUAGAGCAUCACCGGUGAGGCUGAGAGUAAAAUUCACUACAAAAAAACUGAGUGUAUUCCCCAAAAGAAAAUCAUCAGAUACUAAUUGCAAUUAUUUUCUCAUCUGUUUUUCCCGCUUCUUUUUGUUAAUCAUCUGUUUUUCAAGAAGCAAAAUCAGUUUCUGGGUUUAUACACGUUUGAAUGGUUUUAAUUGAUUAUUCGUACGAAAAUUCAAGCUUAUGAAACUGUUUUUUCUUUUAAUAGAAAUCCAGCUAUUUUCAGAAAGAAAUCAUUUUUAAAAAAUUUCUUCUGAUUUGAUCUUUUUAAUUUCCAUAGAUUCAGUCGAGGGUGGUUUUUUGUUCCCUCAGGAUCAUCAGGUUGCUUAUUUCAAACCUUUUAGAUCCAUUUUUUCUUUCCUGAAUUCUUUUCGGAUUCAGUUUUUAUUUCAUCUUCCAAAUUUUUUAAAAAAUCUACAAUUCGCCAUGGAUACUGCUAUGAAUUUGAACAGUAGCAUAACGUUUCAACAACAACCAGAUUCGUUUGGUGGAGGUGGUGAACUAAUGGAAGCGCUUCUACCUUUUAUCAAAAGCGUUUCCGACUCUUCUUCCGCGACCGCGUCUGCGUUUAUUAAUCCCGCAGCGUCUGGGUUCCCUCUUCCAACCUUCCCCGGAUAUUACCCGGAACACUAUCUUACCCAACCGUUUUCCUACGGGUCGGAUCUUCAGCAAACCGGGUCACUAAUCGGUCUCAACAACCUCUCUUCUUCCCAAAUCCACCAGAUCCAAUCUCAGAUCCAUCCUCUUCCUCCCACCAGAUCCAAUCUCAGCCCCAAGCCGUUACUCAUGAAGCAACCCGGAGGAGCCGCCGGAGCCUACGGUGCUCCGCCGAAGCCGGCGAAGCUGUACAGAGGCGUGAGGCAGCGGCACUGGGGAAAAUGGGUGGCGGAGAUCCGUCUGCCGAGGAACCGGACUCGUCUCUGGCUCGGGACGUUCGACACGGCGGAGGAAGCAGCGUUGGCCUACGAUACGGCGGCGUUUAAGCUGCGCGGCGAUUUCGCCCGGCUUAACUUCCCCAACCUGCGUCACGACGACGGAUCUCGCGAGUUCGGCGAGUACAAUCCUCUCCACUCCACAGUCGACGCCAAGCUCGAAGCUAUCUGUAAGAGCAUGGCGGAGACGGAGAAACAGGAGAAGAAGACGACGAAGAAACGUGCGUCGACGGUGGCGCAGAAGAAGACGGAGACGGUCAAGGCGGAGGAGAAUUCGAAUUCGAAUUCGAUCGGUGAUUCUCCACCGGUGACGGAGUUUAUCGAGUCCGCCGGAUCUUCGCCGUUGUCGGAGUUGACGUUCGCCGACACGGAGGAGCAGCCGCAGUGGAACGAGACCUUCGCGUUGGAGAAGUAUCCGUCGUACGAGAUCGAUUGGGAUUCGAUUCUGGCUUGAUCUAAUUUGGUGGAAGAUCAGGGGUAAAUUGGUAAUUUGGCAGAAGAUUAGGGGUAUAAUAGUUAGAAGCUGCCUGCAAUGGAGUUUUUGGAAAUUGCAGAGAGAGGCUACUAGGGUAAUUAAGAUUAUGUUAAUAUUAUUUCUAUUUGUGUUAAUCUCUGUGUCGGUCCAGCUGCGGUUUUUUGUCAUGCUCGACCAUGCCACGGAAUGUACUUUUUUUUUUCUUGGUUCUUAAUGUAAUCUCUAGUAUCAUUUUCUUUAUCUUAAUGCGAUAUUAUUUUUGUAGUAAAAUGAAAUUGCCGCACUGGUACUUUGUUGCA